AUCCCUUUAGCUUGUUUUUUUCCAUAAAUCUUUGCUGAAAAUAUUCCAUCACAAUCUCGCCUACUCUCUGUUUCUCUCGGGAAACGUACACGCAUAUCAGAAUUGUUUCAGCUAUUCUUUCCUUCUUUGAGGUCUGCAAAUUACUGCUUCCUCCUUCCUUCGGUAUUUUGUUUCAGGUGAAUCAUUGAUAUAAACAAAUGGAAAAUAUUCUUGAAACGCUACCAAAAAGCCCAAUUCAAUCAGAAAACCCUGUUUCAGACUGUAAAACACCAACUCCAGUUCGUCAAACUGAUGAAAAUUCUCAAAAUUGUUUGAAUUCUGGCAAUGAUCUGCGCAAGACUAUUACCCCAGAUCGUCUCAAAGUCCCAAAGGCAUUUAAGUACCCUGAAAGGUAUACGAGCCCAACUGAUCUGAUGGUGUCCCCGGUAACCAAAGGAAUUCUUGCAAGAAGCAGAAAGGGAGGAGCACUCUUGCCACCCAGUAAAACUCAAAUCAAGGCUGCAUAAAUUCCCGUUACUCACAUAAACCACUGUUGGUACAGAUACAGGAUUUUCGUCUCCAGGAUGUGAGGUCUUCUUCAUAAUUGAAAGUAUUGAACAGCAGAAUUGAGGGGAAAUCUAUUGGCCCAUAUCAGUAAACUUGUUUCUCUCUUCUUUAGAUUUUAAUGAAAGUGAGUUUUAUGUGAUUAUUGUCAGGAUUUCAAAUGUAAUUUGGAUAUAGUUUUGUAAUAAUUUGAUUGUUCAUAUAUAAUGUCCCAAUGCUUUUUGUUCAAGAA